AUGGGUCACGGUGGACGCUCCUACCUGGGCCUUCGAGGCACCAGGCUCAACAUUGCAAUUGGUGUGAUUGCCGGACUGGAUUUCCUUCUCUUCGGUUAUGACCAGGGUGUUAUGGGUGGUCUUUUGACCUUGGACUCUUUCAUCACACAAUUCCCUGAUCUCGAUACCUCGUCAGCCUCGUUCAAAGCAAUGAGCCCAUCUGCACAAAUGCAUCGGUCCAACAUUGAGGGAACCGCUAUCUCUGCUUACAACGUCGGAUGUUUCCUCGGCUCAAUCAUCUGCAUCUUCAUUGGCGACCGUCUCGGUCGUCGUAAGACCAUCUUCUUGGGCUCUGCCAUCAUGGUUAUCGGCGCCACUCUGCAAUGCACCGCUUUCGCUCUGUCUCACUUCAUUAUCGGCCGUAUCGUGACCGGCAUUGGUAACGGAUUGAACACCUCCACCGUGCCUACAUGGCAAUCUGAAUGUUCCAAGGCCCAUCGUCGUGGUCAGCUAGUCAUGGUCGAAGGAUCUCUGAUUACCGGCGGUAUCUGUCUCAGUUACUGGCUGGACUUUGGCUUUUCGUUCCUUGACCCCAGCUCGGUUUCGUGGCGAUUCCCUAUUGCAUUCCAGAUUUUCAUUGCUUUGAUCAUUCUGGCGUUUGUCAUGUUCUUGCCCGAGUCCCCACGAUGGCUCAUCUUCCAGGGCCGCGAGGACGAAGCUUCUGAGGUAUUGAGUGCGUUGCUAGACACCAACCGUGAAGACACUGUUGUCGAGAACGAAUUCACAGCUAUCAAGGAUACCGUCCUCGAAGCCCAAAAUACCAGCUGGCGUGAUCUAUUUACCAUGGACGAGAACCGCCACUUCCACCGUGUUGUUCUCGCUUAUGUCAACCAGAUGUUCCAGCAGAUUUCCGGUAUCAACUUGAUCACAUACUACGCUGCCACCAUCUACCAGAAGAGCAUUGGUCUUUCUGGAUUUUUGUCUCGUAUCCUGGCCGCCUGCAACGGUACCGAGUACUUCAUCGCCUCUUGGCUGCCCAUCUUCAUCAUCGAAAAGGCCGGCCGUCGUCCACUGAUGUUGAUCGGAGCGGCGGGCAUGUCUCUAUCCAUGGUCGUCUUGGCUAUUAGCACCAGCUUCGUGGGCCAGACCAAACCCGGUAUUGUGGCUGCUGUUUUCCUCUUCGUCUUCAACACCUUCUUCGCCUGGGGCUGGUUGGGAAUGACAUGGUUGUAUCCCGCUGAAAUCGUGCCUCUGCGAAUUCGUGCCCCUGCCAACGCGUUGUCCACUUCCGCCAACUGGGCUUUCAACUUUAUGGUUGUCAUGAUCACCCCUGUGGCAUUCCAGACGAUUGGAUAUCAGACCUAUAUCAUUUUUGCCGUCAUUAACGCCUUCAUCUUCCCCGUCGUCUACUUCUUCUACCCCGAAACCGCAUACCGCUCCCUCGAAGAAAUGGACACAAUCUUCCACAAGACCAAAUCCAUCUGGUCUCUGGUCAGGAUUGCGCGCGACGAGCCUCGCCGGUACGGCAAGAACGGAGAGCUUCUCAUCGACUACACGCAGACAGACGAGCAUUUCCAUCAUGUCGGUGGUGUGGCUGAUGCCGAGAAGCGAGCUGUAAGUAACAAGGAUCAUGCGAACCCUCAGUAUCAUAUUGAGAAUGGUGAUGCGGGGCAUGUCUCUGAGUCAAGUUAA